AUGGCGGCCCCGCAAGACGAUGAGGAGAUCAGAGGGAGGAUGCAGCAGGCGCCGCUCGCCUCGCAGAGGGCAAAGGAUCAGGGUCAGUCGCAGCAGGGCAGGGUCGCGAAGUGGUUCCCGCUGGGCGCAAAGGAGGGGUUCAGUCAAUGGUGGGCAGGCACAUCGCCCAUGGCCACCGAGCACCGCGUCCUUUCCUUUAUCCCAUACCUCCAGAAACCGCCGACCCAGACGCAGUCCGGCUCAGCUCCUGCGUCCGCCAUGCCCUCUGCUGUCGACUUAACUGCUCCACCGAGAAACCCGGAAGCCCACGCUACAACAUCGACUCUGACCGAUCCGUACGGCCCGCGACAAUGGAACUCGGAAAUGGUGGCACUGAGCGGUAAAGACCGCGCAUUGAAUGAGUUUUCUGUGCAGCGACUGGGCGAAGACGUGGAGAACAAUCUGGUGAUGCUUCACGGAUAUGGCGCGGGGCUGGGCUUCUUCUACCGCAACUACGAAGCGUUAUCACGGGCGGAGGGCUGGAAGGUCUACUCGCUGGAUCUGCUAGGCAUGGGCAGGAGUAGUCGGCCUGCGUUCAAGAUCCAUGCAAAAGACAAGGAGGGCAAGAUCACCGAAGCUGAGAACUGGUUCAUUGAUGCGCUGGAGGAGUGGCGCAUCAAGCGAGGACUGGAACGAUUCACGCUUCUAGGGCACAGCCUGGGUGGCUAUCUUGCCACCGCCUAUGCACUCAAGUACCCAGGCCGCUUGAACAAGCUGAUUCUCGCCUCGCCAGUCGGAAUACCUGAAGAUCCAUACGCAGUGAACGAAGCCAUGCCUGAACCACAGGAAUCUACCAUGGGGAACGAGUUCACUCAAGAUGCUGCUACCACGACCACAGACAACAAUAACUUCAUGAAACAACGCGACAGCGGCAAGGAUACAACAGACACACAGAAGGAGCCACCACGCCGGCGCUUGCCCGGUUGGGUUUCGUAUGUAUGGGAAGCCAACGUCAUUUCACCGUUUUCUCUUGUGCGCUGGAGUGGACCUCUGGGCCCGCGUCUCGUGUCAGGCUGGACGACGCGUCGAUUCUCGCAUCUACCGGAAGAGGAGGCGCAGGCAUUGCACGACUACAGCUACUCCAUCUUCCGGCAGCGCGGCAGCUCAGAGUACGCACUCGGAUAUCUCCUCGCUCCCGGUGCGUUCGCAAGGAACCCACUCAUUCGACGGAUACAAGGUGUAGGGCGUCAAUGGAUUCAACCACACGACGGCGCGAUCGUGGAUGGCGAUGCUCCGCCAAAACCAUCUUCCACUUCACAACCCGCCCCUCCCGGUGCGGGACAACGCGAGAACGGCAUCCCAGUGGUCUUCAUGUACGGUGAAGUCGACUGGAUGGACGUUGCCGGUGGUUUCGCCUCGGAAGAGAAGAUUAAGCAAGAGCGCAUGCGCAUCCUUGAGAACGCAACGGCCGAAGAGCGCAAGAAGGACAACGGCGAAGCAAAGGUUGUCAUAAUUAACAAGGCGGGUCACCACGUGUACUUGGAUGGUUGGGAGCAGUUCAAUCGCGUUAUGCUAGAGGAAAUGGCCGAUGUGAAGCGGAGAGAAGCCAGGCGGUAG